AUGAGAGUCAACAGAGAAGAUUCAGUGAAUGAAGCUAAAGCCUUUGGUUGUCAACAAGCAUGUGAAGAGGUAUGGAAGAGACGGAAAGGGAAGUUCGAGAAAUCGAAUGAAGACGAAGACCCCGAGCCUAAACCGAAGAAGGCAAAGGCAAAAGAAGUGAAAAGCAAGGCUCUGCGUGUCAUCCAUGGAACCUGCAAGGCAAGGCAACAGCAAUCACAUCUAGGGUUGGGAAAACCGACAUCUGGAGCGUCGCAUCACAUUAUGCCUCACAGAGAGUCUUUCUCUUCGUUUGAGCCAGCCGCUGGAGGAGUCUCGCAAGCUGAUGUCAGCAUCCUGUAUGUAGAAGGUGCUGGUAAGGCCCCCCACGAGGCCCUGAGCGGCCCGCUGGUGCGCGUGGAGCAGGGCCUGCUGCUGGGCGCGCACCGCCUCACGCUGCAGGACGCCAUCCCGUACUUCAGCUUCCAGGGAAUCCCGUACGCCCGGCCGCCGAUCGGUGACCUACGCUUUAAGGCGCCGCUGCCGCCAGCGAGCUGGCCCGAUGUGCGUCCCGCGCUAGAGGAGGGCCACAUGUGCUGCCAGCCUCACACCGACAUCUACUGGCUGCCACGCGACGUCGUGAUGAUGGAGGUGCCGUCACUGCGCCGCGUUUGGAACAUCGUGUCCUCGCUGCCGCGACUGUGGCAGCAGAUCCGACGCUUCUGGGCGCAGCAGGAGGACUGCCUGUUCCUCAACGUGUACACCAAGCAGAUCCACGUGGCGGGCAACGACUCCAAAGACGACGACGACGUGCCGAAGGCCAAGCUGAGCCCCGUGGUCGUGUUCCUCCAUGGCGGCGCCUUCUACACCGGCACGGCCAACAGCCACAUCUACGGACCGGACUUUCUGCUCCGCGAGGACGUGGUGCUCGUCACCGUUCAGUACCGCCUGGGCGCCCUCGGCUUCCUGGCGGCGGGCUCGCGGGACGCCCCGGGCAACGCGGGGCUCAAGGACCAGGCGCUGGCCCUGCGAUGGGUGCAGCGCAACAUCCGGCGGUUCGGCGGCGACCCCAACUCGGUGACGCUGCUGGGCCACAGCGCGGGCGGCGCGUCCGCGCACUACCACACCAUGUCCCCGGGGUCGCGGGGGCUGUUUCAUCGCGCCGUGCAGCUCAGCGGCUGCGCGCUCAACGCCUGGGCCUUCGCCACGCCCUCCGAGGCCAGCGCCAGGGCCGGGCGCCUCGGCAGCCUGCUGGGCUGUGGCGCGCCGUGCGCCUCGCCCGACGGCCUCGUCGCCUUCCUGCGCACCAAGACGCCGCGCGAGCUCAUCGACGCCUCCUACCACGUGUUCGAGAAGCAGGAGGGUGCGGCUGGACUCAUUGCUCCCUUCGUUCCAACCGUGGAAGAGGCAACGGGCGCCCCCAAUGAUACAGCGUUCCUCAGAGUGAGCCCCGCCGAGGCGAUGGCGGGCCACAGCGCGGACUACUGGCCCGUGCCUACACUGGCGGGGCAGAACGACGCGGAAGGCAUGAUCGUGCUGCUACCGGACAUCAUUACGAAUGACAUGACGCCGUCGGCCCGGAACUUGGCGCUCCUGGAGGAGGACUUCGAGCGCGUGGUUCCGGUGGAGCUCGGCCUGGCGCGCGGCUCGGCUCAGUCCCGGCUCGUGGCGGACAUGAUGCGGAAGCACUACUUCCAGGGCAAGGCCGUCUCCAAGGCGACUAUCAUCAACUUCGUCCGGAUGUACAAUGACCUCCUCGUCUGCAUCGGAGUGGGCCGCUACAUGCGUGCCCUGACUCGCGUGUCGGCACAACCGGCCUUCUUCUACCUCUUUACAUUCGACGGCAAGCUGUCCGUUGUCAAGAAGCUCGUUCGAUCAGAACUGCCAGGUGUCUCUCACGGCGAUGAGCUGGGCUACCUGUUCCCCGUGGAAAUGUUGUCCGCCGAGGACAUCCGACCCGGCGAUGUCGACCUGCUGGUCAGGGACCGGUGGACGCGCAUGGUGGCCAACUUCGCGAAGUUCGGGUAA